AUGUUCAUUCUCACCAAAAUUGCCGAUUUAGUUCAAAUCGCACCUCAGGAUUUGGGGAAAAAUGCCAGUCAAGCAAUUGAGGAUAACAUCAACCUUAAAUAUGCCAACAAAGUGAUUCAGAAGAUUGGCCUUUGUAUCUGCUUUUAUGAUCUUCUCUCGGCCUCAGAAGGUUUGAUUGGUCAUGGCGAUGGUCUUGUGAAUGUCAAUGUUGAAUUUCGCAUCGUCGUGUUCAGACCUUUCAAAUUUGAAAUCAUGACAGGAAGAAUCAGCAGUUCUAUUGAGAGCGGUAUUAGAGUUCGUACUCACUUUUUUGAUGAAAUCUUCGUUCCUGCAAAAAUGCUACCAGAGGGUUCACACUUUAACCACAAUGAGCAAGUUUUCAUCUGGGAGACCGAAGAAGGUACACAACUUUACUUCGAUAACCAGGAAACAGUGCGAUUUCGGGUCGACUCCGAGCAAUGGAAUGAUCAAGCACCACUGGGCCCUGAAAAGCAAGAUGACAGUGAGGAAUCACGAGUAAUCGAAGCACCUUACAAGAUAGUAGCUUCGAUGGAAGAAGUUGGAUUGGGGCCUUGCUUAUGGUGGGACUAA